AUGAAGUACAGCAAGGAAGAUAAGCCCGAGAGGGCGGGCGGCGCCGGCGCAGGGUCCAGGGCGGUGCCGGUGACGCUCGUCGUCAUCGUGCUCUGCGCCUUCUCCUUCUACCUCGGCGGCAUCUACAGCACGGGGCGGAGCCUCCUGGACGCCAUCCAGCCGGCGCCGACGGCUCUCGUCACCCUCGGCGCCGGCACCACGGCCCGCCAUUCCUCCGACGACGACCAAGCUCGGCCAGCACUGGCAGCCGCGUCCACGGCCGCCGUGGCGUUCCCCGAGUGCCCCGCCGACCUGCAGGACUACACCCCCUGCACCGACCCCAAGCGGUGGCGGAGUUACGGCAACUACCGCCUGAGCUUCAUGGAGCGGCACUGCCCGCCGCCGCCCGACCGGCAGCAGUGCCUCGUGCCGCCGCCCAAGGGGUACAAGCCGCCCAUCCGGUGGCCCAAGAGCAAGGACCAGUGCUGGUACCGGAACGUCCCCUACGACUGGAUCAACAGCCAGAAGUCCAACCAGCACUGGCUCGUCAAGGAAGGCGACCGCUUCCGCUUCCCCGGCGGCGGCACCAUGUUCCCCAACGGCGUCGGCGCGUACGUGGACCUCAUGCAGGGCCUGGUCCCGGGCAUGCGCGACGGCACCGUGCGCACCGCGCUCGACACCGGCUGCGGCGUCGCCAGCUGGGGCGGCGACCUGCUGGGCCGCGGCAUCCUCACCGUCUCGCUCGCCCCCCGGGACAACCACGAGGCCCAGGUGCAGUUCGCGCUGGAGCGCGGCAUCCCGGCCAUCCUCGGCAUCAUCUCCACGCAGCGCCUGCCGUUCCCGUCCGCCGCCUUCGACAUGGCGCACUGCUCCCGGUGCCUCAUCCCCUGGACCGAGUUCGGCGGCCUCUACCUCCUGGAGAUCCACCGCGUCCUCCGCCCGGGAGGGUUCUGGGUGCUCUCCGGCCCGCCCAUCAACUACGAGAACCGGUGGCACGGCUGGAACACCACCGCGCAGGCGCAGAAGGCCGACUUCGACAGGCUCAAGAAGAUGCUGGCCAGCAUGUGCUUCAAGCUCUACAACAUGAAGGGCGACAUCGCCGUGUGGCAGAAGUCCCCCGACGCCACCGCCUGCUACGACAAGCUCACCCCGAUCACCACGCCCGCCAAGUGCGACGACAGCGUCGACCCCGACGCCGCCUGGUACGUGCCCAUGCGCUCCUGCGUCACGCCCCCAAGCGCCAAGUACAAGAAGCUGGGGCUCAACGCCACGCCCAAGUGGCCCCAGAGGCUCACCGUCGCGCCGGAGCGCAUCAACGUCGUCCCGGGCAGCAGCGCCGCCGCCUUCAAGCAGGACGACGCCAGGUGGAAGCUCAGGGCCAAGCACUACAAGACGCUGCUGCCGGCGCUGGGGAGCGACAAGAUCAGGAACGUCAUGGACAUGAACACCGUGUACGGAGGCUUCGCAGGCAGCCUCAUCAAGGACCCCGUCUGGGUCAUGAACGUCGUCUCCUCCUACGGGCCAAACUCCCUCGGCGUCGUCUACGACAGAGGGCUCAUCGGCGUCAACCACGACUGGUGUGAGGCGUUCUCGACAUAUCCACGCACCUAUGAUCUAUUGCAUCUUGAUGACCUGUUCACGGCAGAGUCUCACAGGUGCGAGAUGAAGUACGUGCUCCUUGAGAUGGACCGUAUCCUUCGUCCCACGGGUUACGCCAUAAUCCGGGAGAGCACCUACUUCCUUGAUUCUGUGGCACACAUUGCCAAAGGAAUGAGAUGGAGCUGCGAGAAGCAUAACACCGAGAACAAGGCUGACAAGGACAAGAUCCUCAUCUGCCAGAAAAAGCUUUGGGCAGGAAAGCAGUGA